AUGGGACGCAAACCCAACCAACUCAUUCUUGAGUUCUUCAACCGAGGACCAAAACUCGAAGAUUCAAGCAACCGAUACCAACAUACUUGCAAAGCUUGUGGUGAACGGUUUCCCAAGGGCCGUAUCGAUAGUCUCACCAAUCACCUGGUCAAAAAGUGCCAGGCUAUCCCCCUCCGUGACCGCCAGCGCGUACUCUUACGACUCCACGAACUCCCCGACCUGACCGAGGACGCAAACAAAGACCCUAACGCGCCACAAGGUAAAAAUAAGGAUGGGUUCCCAAACCCGAAUCGUCCGAAUUUCGACGGGUUGAACGUGCUGGCAGAGGCUUCUCGCCAGGUAGGUGCAUCUGACACCACCAAGCGUGGCCCCGCAUACACCCAGUCCGUGACGGCCGGUGGCAAGACAGUCAUUGUCGAUCCGGCGCUUGAGGCCGAGGGCUUCCAGGGUCAAAGUCAGGGUGAUGAUAAGGGAGAUGACAACGGCCAAGGCUCUCAGUCCAACCCUCCCACAAUCCCGGCCCUUCCCAGUCACACCUCAGGAGAUCAUGCUUCUAUGUCUCCACCUCUCCAUGACACCUCCAUGACACCCGAUUCCGCUUCUAAUGCGCGCCAGUCGCUCUCGAUGAUCGCAGCUUCGGCUAAUGAAAUGGUCCCGCAGGGAGUUUUGAUGGAUGGUGAUCAUCUUGGUGAGGGUUUGAAAAUGAGUCAGUGGAACCAGCAGUUGUCAACCCAAGAACAGCUGCUUUUCGAUAGUUUGCAAGAACACGAUCCGUCCUUGACCGCUGCCACCCAACGUGCUGCUUCAUACCCGCGCCCCAUUGCCAUGAACCCCAAUACACAAGCCAAGGGAUUUGUGAAUGAAUUUGGCAACUCGACUAAGCCAACAAAGCCUAAGGUACGGGGCCGCUUCACUGCCGAGCGACGUCGUGAGGUUCAGGAAGUGCGAAAGCGAGGUGCUUGCAUUCGUUGCCGCAUGCUGAAGAAACCUUGCUCUGGAGACACUCCCUGUACAACUUGCGCCAGCGUCGAAAGUGCUCGACUGUGGAAGCAUCCUUGCAUUCGGACUCGUCUCUCCGAAGAGUUCGAGCUUUACAAUGCCAACUUGCAUGCUACCCUUGCCUACCAUGAUACAAAUGCUAUCAAGAACCAGGUCAAGUUCGAACACUACAUUGGUCGCAUCGAAGUGACCCACCUGGAAGAAAGUGGAGUAUUCGUUACAAUCAGUGGUCUCCAAGGCCACCACAAUUCUGUUUCAGCUCUCGACCCUGCGCUCUCAGGCCUGGGUGAUGACCAGUUCACUGGUCCUUCGCAUGAGGUUUACCUGCUGGACAGUGACGCAGAUGACAUUCCCAGCAAACUGGAGAUGUACAUCAAGAAGACUGCUCCAUUCUUCUUUGAGCGUGAAACCUCGACUUUCAUGAAGCCUACACUACUCUUGGCUGCUGAACUGGGACAGUCUAAGAAGGACACAUUGCUGGAACGUGCAGUUGAGCUCUGGGUUGCCACCCAUAUCCUUGUGGAUACCGAACUUGGAUGGAAGACAUACUGCAACCCUACUCUUCCCCCAACCUCGAUGCACUCGCUUUCUCAGCCCAAUGAUGAGGGCCGCCUGCCAAUCGAGGAGGCCUCAGAACCCGAGUCAUACGCCUUGCUUUGCAGCCAACUUCGUGCUGCCAUGGAGAAGCGUGCGAUGCAGCUGAGCAAAUCCGUCAUCAAUGAUCUGGAGCGUCGCUUGCUGCAACGCCAGAAGACCGGCUGGUUCGAAACAUUCCUUGUGGCUAUGGUUCUGCUCAACUGCGUUGAGCGUACAUGCUGGCUCUUCCGCUCCUGGGACAAUGAGAGCUUUUCUCAGCGCUGGCCCUUGGACAAGCGUCCCCCUUACUACUACGCCCAAUCCGAGCAGUUUGCAGACAUCUUGCACAUGCUCCUGCGGAUGCGCAGUCUCCCACCCAAGACAACCGUCCGCCCCGAAAGUGGCUACUUGAAGGCUGCUGAAGGCAGUGACGAAAAUGCCGUGCGCUGGUUCGACAUGAUUCAAAUUUCCCCCUACUACCUUGAGGAACGUGCCAAUGCACUCUUCGAUCCAUCUGAUUCCCGUUCCCUCGAUCUUCACCACAGCGCCCGGUUGCUGCUCCCUGCCAACUCUUGA